GUGAAUUUGGGGCGAAAGAAAUCUUUAAUCUCGAUCGUUGUUUUGCGUGUGCCUACCUAAAGAUUGACCUCUCGUGUUCAGAGUGCUUUGGUCUGAAAACCCUGAAAGAUGACAAAUAUGACUCAUCUUAUGCUGCUGAUGGCACUAAUGCUUGGUGCGUGUGCUGCUCAAACGCCACCGGUUUGCGACAGUACAGUCACUUCUUACCAUGCCGAUCCCACGAACUGCAGUCAGUACUACACCUGCUAUCAGGGUAAAGCCAUACUACAGACCUGCCCGGAUCAGAAAUAUUUCGAUUCCACCAGAUCGCUGUGUGACAUUCCCGAAAUGGUGACCUGCAACGUAGGCCCCUGCCAGGGAAACACCGGACUGCUGUCAGUGUCGAUUCCGAAUGUGUGUACCGCCUAUACGCUGUGUGUCGGAGAAACACCGUUCAAUAGGACGUGUGCUGACGGUACGCUAUUUGACGAGACUUUCGGAGACUGCGUUUUGGCCGGGGAUAGUUCGUGCGUGGAGAAUCCUUGCCUUACGGUUGAUCCGGCCACAGCCGUACCGACCACGUUCUAUCCGGUGUUGAACUCCUGCCAGAAGUACAUUAUCUGCGAUAAGCUGACUCCAGUGGUGCGUACCUGUGCCGGAACUACCGUGUUCAGUCGCACCAUUUCGAAGUGUGUCGCGCCCACGGAUUAUGUGUGCCCACCAGGGACUGCCCCGGCAUGAAUUGGACAUAAAAUGAGAUACACUGAGAUGCUCGUUGCUAAAGUUUCAGUUUUGAGUAGUUUUAAAAGAGCUGCAGUUUAAAGCGUCCGAAACUGUAACGUAACUACAGAGCACCGAAUUGCAUCCCGAAGGAAAGGAUUAUAAAUAUUUUAUUUCCAAGGUUAAUGUGUUAACAAGGUUGUUCAGAGAGUUAAUGCAAUGAUUUGAAAGUUUUGUCUA